AUGGGUCUCUUUGGAAAGGGGGAGCUUGAGCUCCCUGAAGAUGAGAUUCAGCGUGCGCCUCCAGAUCAAGAUGUCGAGAAGACACUGCCCGCACAGCUGGAGAUAGCACCAGUCCAACCCCCGACAAAGUUUACCCCAGCAGCUAUUGAUCCAGAAUUGGAGCGCCGAGUCGUGAGGAAAUUGGAUUUGCGUGUUCCGACACUUAUGGGAUUUUUCUACCUCCUCGCUUUCCUUGAUCGAAGCAAUAUUGGAAAUGCAAAAAUCGCCGGAAUGACCGAAGACCUCAACCUCACGGGUAACCGAUACGCAUGGCUCUUAACGAUCUUUUAUAUAUCCUAUACUGUCUUCGAAUUCCAGGCUUUGAUGUGGAAGAUCGUCAAACCACACCAAUGGGCAGCUUUUGUUGUGUUCUCUUGGGGCUUAGUCGCAAGCUGCCAAGCAGCAACACAGAAUUGGCAGGGAAUGAUGGCGCUUCGUUUCCUGAUGGGCGCCUUCGAGGCUGGUUUCGGUCCCGGUGUACCUUACCUACUCUCAUUCUUUUAUCGUCGUCAUGAGCUCGGUUUAAGAUGCGGCCUGUUCCUAUCUGCCGCUCCGCUAGCAAAUACCUUUGCGGGUGCUCUCGCUUAUGGCAUCACAUCUGGCCAUGCCGUACUAGCCAAUUGGCGGGUAUUGUUUUUAGUAGAGGGUCUCCCUGUGUGUGCAGCUGCGAUCCUGGCGUGGUUCUUUGUUCCGGAUUCGCCAUCAUCUGCCAAAUUUCUUACCGAGGAGGAGAAGGAGGUCGCACGUGCACGUGGUCUACAGCAGGCUGGCGAUGCCGACCGAGAGAGCAAGGUGCAAUGGAAAGAGUUGGCUAUGACGUUGUUGGACGCGAAGGCCUGGUUAACUGCCUUCAUGUACUUCAGCUGCAACGUUAGCUUUUCUUCACUGCCUGUCUUUCUACCCACCAUUCUGGAAGAAAUGGGCUACUCGAAAGUGAACGCGCAGGGCCUGACAGCGCCACCAUUUUUCGCCUCUUUCCUCGUCACCAUCAUUACCCCCUGGGUGGCGGAUCGAACUCAGCAGCGCGGGCUAAUGAUCGCAGCGCUAUCACUGAUCGGCGGUGUGGGGUACAUCCUUUGCGCCACUUGCACCACGGUGGGCGUACGGUAUUUCGGCGUGUUUCUGGCGGCUUGUGGGGUAUUCCCGGCGAUCGCAAAUAUCCUGCCUUGGGUCCUGAACAAUCAAGGUUCUGAUACCCGUCGUGGUGGGGGUAUUAUCCUACUUAACAUCAUUGGUCAGUGUGGUCCUUUCUUGGGUACCAAUGUCUUUCCCGAUGAUGAAGCGCCGCGGUAUAUUAAGGGUAUGUCUAUUUGUGCUGCGUUUAUGGUCUUCACAUCUUUCCUUGCUCUGGUUCUGCGGUGCUUGUUGGGUUGGGAAAACAAGCGCCUCGAUAAGAAGUACGGACCGCGGGUCGAGGUAGAUGAAAGUAAAGGAGAGAUCGCUGUGGCGGAAGACAACUACGGUGCUAGUUUCCGGUAUAUGCUGUGA